UCAAUAGGAUUUGCAAACAAUAGAUUUAGAAGAUUUCAAAUUCGCCAAAACAAAGAUAACUUCUCUGCGAUUAUUGGAUGCAACGAAUCCUGAACUGCACAGCCUUUUGGCCGAUUGGACACAACUGGCCUCCAAACGAGGUCUAAAUGAGAUGAAGUCUCCCGAAAAUAUUUUGACAGAAUCGGCACUUUUAUACGACUCGGUAAAACUGUUAGCGACGGCACUACAAGACUUGGAUCAAAGCCAAUCGAUUACAAUGCCAUCAAUCAGUUGCCAAACUGAGAGCCAGUGGCAGUUCGGCAGCUCUCUCAUGAACUAUAUGCGACCGAUCACAUUCAGAGGGCUGACAGGACUCGUAGACUUCGAUCAAUUCGGCCACAGAAGCAGUUUUACGUUAGAUGUGAUGACUAUUACUGAUAACGGCCUUCAAAAGAUCGGUUACUGGAGCGGAAGCCAACCCUCACAGCCAUUGAACAUAAGUGAGGAAUGGAGAGACAAUUACUCGAUAAUGUCUUUGGCGAACCAGACGUUGACAGUGACCACUAUUAUCAACGCUCCGUACUGUAUGUUAAAGGAUUCUUCGGCCACCAAAGUAGGCAACGAUCGCUUCGAGGGCUAUAUUGUCGACGUAAUCGACGAGUUGUCAAAAAUGCUUGGAUUUAAGUAUAAAUUCAAACUCGUCGACGACAACGCCUAUGGAGUCAAGAAUGAGAGCGGAUAUUGGAAUGGACUCAUAGGUGAAAUAAUCAAUGGAAAGGCAGACAUAGCUAUAGUGGACCUAACGAUCACAUCGAAGAGAGCAGAAGCGGUCGACUUUACGCUUCCGUUUAUGAACACAGGAAUUAGCAUUUUGUUCAAAAAGCCGACAACAAAAGUGACCACUUUGUUCUCAUUCCUAUCGCCCUUUUCUAACGUCGUUUGGGUCUAUGUAUUGGCCGCUUAUGUCGGCGUCAGUUCCAUACUCUUCAUUGUGGGCCGACUUUCGCCCUACGAAUGGGAUAAUCCUCAUCCCUGUCGUCAGGAAGACUUUGUUCUCGAAAACAAUUUCAGUUUAACCAAUAGUUUCUUCUUCACCAUCGGAUCCCUUAUGCAACAGGGAUCAGACCUCACACCCAAGGCAAUGUCUACGCGAGCUAUAGCUGGCAUUUGGUAUUUCUUUACAUUAAUAAUGAUUUCUUCAUACACUGCGAAUUUGGCCGCCUUUUUGACGGUCGAGAAAGUGAUUUAUCCGAUUGAAAGCGCCGACGAGUUGUCGUUGCAGUCGACGAUAGAGUACGGAUGUCUGGCCAGUGGGUCCACCAAAUCGUUUUUUCAGGACUCAAACAUUACUACAUUUAAGCGAAUGUGGAAUUUCAUGAAGAAUCGAGACGUUUUCAUGUCUAAGAACGACGAGGGAAAGAAACGAGUUCAGAAAGGAAACUAUGCCUAUUUGAUGGAAUCGGCGUCUAUUGAAUACAUCGUCGAAAGGAAUUGCAAUUUAACACAAAUCGGAGGAUUACUUGACACUAAAGGAUAUGGAAUCGCAACGAAGAAAAAUUCGAGGCAUAGGAAUCUGUUGUCUCAGUCGAUACUAAAGCUUCAAGAGACGGGUCGACUGCAUAUGUUGAAGGAGAAGUGGUGGAAGCAGAAGAAGGGCGGCGGACAGUGUGCCGAAGACAGCAAGAAGUCAUCGUCAGUGACGGCACUCAAAAUAGAUAACGUCGGCGGAGUCUUCGUUGUCCUUUUGGGCGGACUCUCGUUGGCCUUCUUUGUGGCCAUUUGUGAAUUCAUGUGGAAAUCCAGAAAGUCUACGACAGGAUGCGAGACAAUGUGUGAAGAGAUGAUAAAUGACCUGAAGUUUUCAUUCGCGUGUCAGAGCAAGUCUAAGCCGGGAAGGAAGAAGACAUACCAAACUAAUGUCAACAACAGCUCUAACUAUAACUCAUUAUCUCAGCCACAAAUCAUUAGAGCACAACAUUUUAAUAAAAUUGAUUAUUAAUGUAUAAAAAAUCAACACUAAAUUAUAUCGAUCUCAUUGUUAUCAUAUUCAUUGACAUCUCAUUCAUAGCAUUACAUCAAAAGUAAAAAUGCGAAACAUUUGAUACAGAAUUAUAUGUUAAACAUAUUUAUAUGAAUUUAAUGUCAAUUCAUUUGUUAAUCAAAGCAAUUAUUGAGAAGCCGUUAAAAUAAGAAGUGCUCUAAAUUACCGAUCAAUUGAAAUAAAGGGACAGUCAAUGAGGUUAUCAGUUAUACUGGUUUUAUACGUUUUAUAUUAUAUACGGUAUAUUUAAUUUCCCAUCAGAUGUGCAAAUAUUCUGUAUAAACCGUAAGAUUGAAGGCCCGGAAUUGGCUGUCCCUCUGCUCAUCAACUAUGUUGUAAAUGUACUAUAAAUUUGUUAAAAAGUGUCCAUAAAUUUUAGGUCAUAAUCAAGAAAUAUGUAAAAUUAUUAAUAAAUUUAUUAAUAAAAAAUAAAUGAAAUAUUUUACUCAUAAAA